UUAAGCGUCAGAGCCUAGUGGACGGAAGUGGCUGUUGGAGGCUUUAAGGUAGCUUUAAAUUCCUCCUGGCUUGGGACAUCCCUUUCCAGCUGGUGUCGGGCUUCGCGUGCGAUGGCUGUGGACGUGAAGUCGCGAGCAAAGCGUUAUGAAAAACUGGACUUCCUCGGGGAGGGACAGUUUGCUACGGUUUACAAGGCCAGAGACAAGAACACUAACCAGAUUGUCGCCAUUAAAAAAAUUAAACUUGGACAUAGAUCAGAAGCUAAAGAUGGUAUAAAUAGAACAGCCUUAAGAGAGAUAAAAUUAUUGCAGGAGCUAAGUCAUCCAAAUAUAAUUGGUCUCCUUGAUGCUUUUGGACAUAAAUCUAAUAUUAGUCUUGUCUUUGAUUUUAUGGAAACUGAUCUAGAGGUUAUAAUAAAGGAUAAUAGUCUUGUGCUGACACCAUCACACAUCAAAGCCUACAUGUUGAUGACACUUCAAGGGUUAGAAUAUUUACAUCAGCAUUGGAUUCUACAUAGGGAUCUGAAACCAAACAACUUGUUGCUAGAUGAACAUGGAGUUCUAAAGCUGGCAGAUUUUGGCCUGGCCAAAUCAUUUGGGAGCCCCAAUAGAGCUUAUACACAUCAGGUUGUAACCAGAUGGUAUCGGGCCCCUGAGUUACUAUUUGGUGCAAGAAUGUAUGGUGUCGGUGUGGACAUGUGGGCUGUUGGCUGUAUAUUAGCAGAGUUGCUUCUAAGGGUUCCUUUUUUGCCAGGGGAUUCAGACCUGGACCAACUAACAAGAAUAUUUGAGACUUUGGGCACACCAACUGAGGAACAGUGGCCUGACAUGUGCAGUCUCCCAGACUUCGUGACAUUUAAGAGUUUCCCUGGAAUCCCGUUGCAGCACAUCUUCAUCGCCGCAGGAGAUGACUUGCUGGCUCUCAUACAAGGCUUGUUCUCAUUCAACCCGUGUACUCGGAUUACAGCCACUCAGGCAUUGAAAACUAAAUAUUUCAGUAAUCGGCCAGGGCCCACACCUGGAUGUCAUCUGCCGAGACCAAACUGUCCAGUGGAGGCGUUAAAGGAGCAGACUAAUCCAUCUUUGACAACAAAACGAAAGAGGACAGAGGCCUUAGAGCAAGGAGGAUUACCCAAGAAGCUAAUCUUUUAGUUACAGACAACACUGGAUAGUAUUUUACUACUGAAGAAAAUAGUCAAAAAGGCAAAUAAUGAUAAAAUGUAAACCAUUAAAUAAAUGCUGUAGAAGGAAUUUGUAAAUAUUCUACACAUGUAAAAUAUGUAAAACUGAGUUAUUUUUAUUAAAUGUAUUUUAAAACACUUAA